AUGGUGUUAGCAGAUUUAGGAAAACGAAUUAACAGCGCUGUUAAUAAUGCAUUGUCCAGCGCACAGAGUGAUUAUUCAACUACGAUCGAUAAUAUGUUGAAGGCGAUUACAACUGCUUUAUUAGAGUCUGAUGUUAAUAUACAGUUAGUUUCUAGGCUCAGGAAUAACAUUAAAAGUAAAUUAAUGGAAUCCAAGGGUAACACAAAGUCAGUUUCUAACGGACAAACAAAAAAACUGAUUCAAAAGACAGUUUAUGAUGAACUUUGUGCACUUGUGGAUUGUAAUGAUGGACAAGAACCAUUUAGGCCAAAGAAGAAACAAAGUAAUAUCAUCAUGUUUGUUGGGUUACAAGGUUCUGGUAAGACGACGUCCUGUACUAAAUUAGCGGUAUACUAUUCCAAAAGAGGGUUUAAAGUGGGUCUUGUUUGUGCUGAUACUUUCCGUGCAGGUGCAUUUGAUCAAUUAAAACAAAAUGCAAUUAAAGCAAGAAUACCAUUCUAUGGUUCAUACACCGAAACAGAUCCAGUUAAAGUUGCAGCAGAAGGUAUUGCGAAAUUUAAAAAGGAAAAAUUCGAAAUUAUUAUUGUGGAUACAUCAGGUAGACAUCAUCAAGAGGAAUCAUUAUUCCAAGAGAUGGUUGAAAUCUCUCGCGUUGUUAAACCAAAUCAAACAAUAAUGGUUCUUGAUGCAUCAAUUGGUCAAGCCGCAGAACAGCAAUCAAAGGCGUUUAAAGAAUCAUCUGAUUUUGGUGCAAUCAUAUUAACAAAGAUGGAUGGUCAUGCGAGAGGUGGUGGUGCUAUUUCAGCCGUUGCUGCUACUAAUACACCUAUUAUUUUCAUUGGUACUGGUGAACAUAUUCAUGAUUUAGAGAAAUUUUCUCCACAAUCUUUCAUUUCUAAACUUUUAGGCAUUGGUGAUAUGGAAAGUUUAUUUGAAACGUUACAAACGGUAACAAAUAAAGAAGAUACCAAGGCUACUAUGGAAAAUAUUCAACAAGGUAAGUUUACUUUGUUAGACUUCAAGAAACAGAUGCAAACCAUUAUGAAAAUGGGUCCAUUAUCAAAUAUUGCACAAAUGAUUCCUGGUAUGGGUAAUAUGAUGAAUCAAGUUGGUGAGGAAGAAACGUCAAGAAGUAUGAAGAAAAUGGUUUAUGUACUAGAUUCUAUGACAAAAGAAGAACUAGAAUCUGAUGGCAGAAUAUUUAUUGACGAACCAAGUAGGAUGGUUCGUGUUGCAAGAGGAUCUGGUACAUCAGUAAUUGACGUUGAAAUGAUAUUGCAACAACAACAAAUGAUGGCAAGAAUGGCACAAAGUGUGAAAGCUGCACAACCUGGAGCGGCUGGGGGCCCCGCUGGAAAUAUGCCAAGAAUGCCCGGUAUGCCAAAUAUACCAGGCAUGCCCAAUAUAUCUCCACAAAUGAUGCAACAAGCCCAACAAAAGAUGAGACAAAAUCCUGGAUUAAUGAACAAUAUGAUGAAUAUGUUUGGUGGUAAUGGCGGAGGUAUGCCUGAUAUGAAUGAAAUGAUGAAAAUGAUGCAAGAUCCACAAAUGCAACAAAUGGCCAAACAAUUUGGUAUGGGGAUGUAA